CUGAGAUCAAACUCAGUAAGGCUCAUUUCAGCCUUACACAAGUCAAAAAAUGGACAUAGCCGUCCUGCCGAACAACAAUCAUCCAGAGAAGUUUCUGCAGCUGGAUGUGGGAAUGCUACCGGCUACACAUGGCAUGUUCCAGAUUGGCACGGUGUUGUCUCGCCAAAGGCAGUGGCACAACCGGAUGUACUCGCAGGGAAUGGAGAGAGGAAAGGAAGAAAAGGCAUCAGCAGACAGUCAUGUGUUUGAAGACAGGGAGCUGGAGAAACACAUCACUCCUCAAACUCUAAAACCAAAGAUCAAGCAGAACCCUCUCUAUUCUCACAUCAACAUCAUCCACGCGGAGGAGAACAAGUCCAAACCAUCCUGGACCAUCCAGGACUACGACAGACACACUGCACACGGUCAGCUGGCAGACUAUUUGAAGGAAGACCCAAGAGAGCUGAGCUUCUGGCUGGAAGAUCUCUACACCCCCGGCUAUGAUUCUCUGCUCAAGAAGAAAGCAGCUGAAAUGAAGAGGAACAAAAUUUGUAAAACAUUUGCAUUCAUCAUUCUGUUAGUUUGUGCAGUAGUGAUCAUUAUUACUGUGCCAAUAGUGGUAACACAAUCAAGAGUCUGAUGGAGCCAUGCCAGCCGCUUACUCUAGUCUGCUGUAACAGCUACCCUGUUACAGGGGUGAAAUGUCUCAUCCCGGCCAUUAGAGGGCAAUAGAGAG